UAUUCUUCAGGUAUCUAUCGUCUGGAAUGUCGAUUAAGGACGUAGCCAUGCUGUUCCGGAUCGGCCAUGAAACGUGUCGAAGUAUCAUUCACCAGACAUGCAGGGCUAUCUGGAAACACCUGCAGCCGCUCUACAUGCCUGUGCCAGGGUGCAAGCAAUGGGAGGAAAUAGCGCAUGGGUUUGGCACACGUUGGAAUUUUCCGAACUGCCUUGGCGCCGUUGACGGCAAACACGUUGCAGUAAUGGCACCACCAAAUUCAGGAAGCAACUACUUCAACUACAAGGGGACGUUCUCUAUUGUGCUGAUGGCCGUUGUCGACCCACAGUACAAAUUUUCAAUGGUCAGCGUGGGCGCACCUGGUCGGCACAGCGACGGUGGCGUAUUCAAGUCUUGUGAAUUUGGAAGGCAGCUCGAAAAGGGGACCCUACCUUUGCCAAAUCUUUCAAGGCUACCGAACAGUAACAAAGUGCUGCCCCAUGUAUUCGUGGGGGACGAGGCGUUUCAGCUUCGCCAUGAUUUUCUGCGGCCUUUUCCUGGCAACAACAUGUCCCCCAGCCACCGUGUUUUCAACUACAGGCUGAGCAGAGCAAGGCGCAUUGUUGAAAAUGCGUUUGGUAUCCUGGCAGCCAGGUGGAGAAUCUUGCUGAACCGUAUCAACCUACUUCCAAAGAACGCAGAGUUUGUUGUCCUAGCUUGCUGUGUCCUGCACAACGUUUUAUGCACAGGCAAAGAAUACAUGCCACAUGGCUUCGUAGACAGCGAAGAUGAAUAUGGGAACAUAACUCCCGGGCAGUGGAGGGACAGUGCCCAAAGCAACGACCUCCUCGACUUGGAACCUACAGCUGCAAAAAACUAUUCCAAAAGUGCGGCUGAAGUGCGCAACCUUUUUGUGCAGCACUUCAUGAGUGAUGGAGCUGUGCCGUGGCAGUGGGCACAUUCUGGUGUGCAAGCACCGACCUAA